UCUUUUCUUCUUCUUCUUUUUUUUUUUUUUUUUAGACUCUUGCUUGCUCUGGUUUCAAAUCAAAGAUUCUGUAUUUAGUUUUUACUCCAAUUUCUAAGCACUUCUGGAAUUGAUCUAGUGGGAGAUCAUUCUGACAGACAGAAAGAUAUGGCCUCGUCCUCCUCCGACGAAGAGUUCCGGCAGUGGAUUCCGUUCCGGCAGCGACCAGAGUGGUCGGAUGUGAAACCCUUGCCGCAAGACGACGGUCCCAGCCCUGUGGUUCCCAUAGCCUACAAGGACAGCUUCGUAGAGACCAUGGAUUACUUCCGAGCUCUCUACCAUGGCGAUGAGCGAUCCUUUCGUGCUCUUUCCCUCACCUCCGAAGCCAUCCAAUUGAACCCCGGCAAUUAUACGGUUUGGCAUUUCAGGCGUUUGAUCCUUGAGGCUCUAGAGGUUGAUCUACAGAAUGAACUGGAUUUCACUGAAGCUGUAGCACGUGGUAAUUCCAAGAAUUAUCAGUUAUGGCAUCAUAGAAGAUGGAUUGCUGAGAAAUUGGGAACCAUUGCCACAAGUAAGGAGCUUGAGUUUACCCGGAAGAUACUGUCCCUUGAUGCUAAGCAUUAUCAUGCUUGGUCCCACAGGCAGUGGGUCCUUCAGACACUUGGAGGGUGGGAUGAUGAACUUAGCUAUUGUGAUGAGCUCCUUGAAGAAGACAUUUUUAAUAAUUCUGCUUGGAAUCAGAGAUAUUUUGUCAUUACAAAUUCUCCACUUCACGGAGGCCUGAAAGCUAUGAGAACUUCUGAAGUGAGUUAUACUGUUAAAGCCGUUAUAGCCUAUCCUGAGAAUGAGAGUUCAUGGAGAUACCUUCGGGGGCUUUACAAAGACGACAAUCACAGUUGGGUGAAUGAUGCCCAAGUUUCUUCAGCAUGCUUGAAGGUUUUGAGUGCAAAAAACAACUAUGUUUUUGCUUUGAGUACACUUUUGGAUCUAAUCUGCCAUGGCUUCCAACCAAACCAAGAGUUCAGAGACAUUGUGGAUGCUUUAGGAACUCCAGACUCGGAUCGACAAGGUUCGGACUUAGCAAAAAGUAUUUGUUCUGUCUUGGAACGUGUGGAUCCAAUCAGAGCUAACUAUUGGAGGUGGCGCAGGAGCAAGCUUAGCCAAGCCGUUUAAUUUCAUAAUGGUGUUGUUUACUAAGGUAAUCAUUUUCACUGUUUUUUUUCAUAGUUUUUGUACGGUCUUGUUUAUUGAUGCGGAUGUUGGUGUUGCUAAGUAUGAGGAAUUUUAUAUUCCAUCUGCUUAUUAUUGUAACACUUGUUAGCCCACUUUUUUUUUUUUUUAAAUUUAAAUUGUUGUUAUUUUAUGUGAAACUUGAAAUCUAUAGUAAGACCGAGAAUGUAGAAUAUUUCUAUUUAAUUUUUUCAUCUGCUAUGUGAGUCCAACUUACUUUUCAA